AUGAUUGACACAUCUCAGGUAGCAAAUGCAAUUGAGAUCGCCUGGAAUCCAUCCUCCGACCAAACCCUAAAAUCGCAAGCCUUCGAAUACCUCAACCAACUCCGCUCCGACCCCUCCGGAUGGCAGGUUUGCCUCUCUCUCUUCACCAAAACCCCACAACAGACCGAAGUUGUACGGCAUGUUAGUCUGGAAAUUGUCAAUAGUGCCGCUCAGGGCGGCUUGAUCGAUCCGGCCUCACUUGGCGUCGUUCGAGAUAGUGUGCUAGCCUACAUUCGCCAGGCUUAUGGCCCGGAGGCCACUGCCAGCCCCGACGCUCCUUAUAUCCAAAAUAAAAUUGCACAGACUACUUGCAUCGACGAUCUACUGAACCUGACCUGCAAAUCCGCGGGCCGGGAUAACCAAGUCGGUGUUGUUUUUUACCUGCGUGUGCUGGGCUCGAUUCAUGAGGAGAUUGGCGAUGUGCUGGUUUCCAGGUCCCGCGGGGAACAGGAUAAGGCGAAUGCGCUGAAGGAUUUGAUUCGUGAGAGGGACAUGCAGAAAAUUGCCAACUCCUGGCAGGAGAUUCUGGCAGUGUGGCGGGAGGGUGAUGAUACAAUUGUCGAGAUGUGCUUGAAGGCGGUCGGUAGCUGGGUCAGCUGGAUUGAUAUUGGUCUUGUUGUGAACCAGACCAUGUUGGACCUGCUCUUCCAGCAGCUUGGGCGGGCCGAGAAACAGGAGCUUCGGGAGGGAGACAGCGGGUACGCGAAUGCGGCCGUGGACGUCUUCACAGAGAUCAUCGGAAAGAAGAUGAAGCCUUCAGACAAAAUUGAGAUGAUCGCUUUCUUGAACCUUGACUCCAUCAUCACGCAGCUGUCUAACAGCCCUCCACUACGGGAGAACCGGUUCACAUUCAAGUACGAUACUGAUUUGGCGGAGACGGUUGCCAAGCUUGUCAACAACACAGUCGUGGAUAUUGUUCGGGUAUUGGACAAUGACGCUGGUCCCGUUAAGGAGCAGGCAGAAAACCUUUUGCAGGUCUUCCUACCGCACAUUCUGCGAUUCUUCUCAGACGAGUACGACGAAGUCUGCUCGACUGUUAUUCCUUGCGUCAGUGACGUGCUCACCUAUAUCCGGAAGCUCGCGAAGGCGAACCCAUCCUUCGAGGAGCGAAACAAGUCCAUCCUGCUUCCGAUUUUGAAGGCAAUCAUUGCGAAAAUGCGGUACGAUGAGACCUCAAACUGGGGCGAGGAGGAUGAGCAGACAGAUGAGGCAGAGUUCCAAGACCUGCGCAAGAGACUGGGUGUUUUGCAACAAAUUAUCGCCUCUGCCGAUGAGCAGCUUUUCAUCGAUGCAAUCUCAGAGGUGGUGGGAACAACUUUCCAAAAACUGCGGGCAUCCGGUGGGCAGCUCGACUGGCGUGACUUAGAUCUCGCUUUGCACGAGAUGUUCUUGUUUGGCGAUCUGGCCGUCAGGGCCGGCAGUCUCUACGUGAAGGGCGCCCCUACUGGCAUGGCUGCAAGCCGUCUGAUCGAGAUGAUGCUCGCAAUGGUAGAGUCCGAUAUCCGAUCAUUCACCCACCCCGCGACUCAACUUCAGUACAUGGAAAUAUGUGUUCGUUAUAGCUCAUUCUUUACUCGCCACACCCAUCUCAUCCCCGGAGUUCUGGAGAGCUUCCUCCAGCUUGUGCACCACCCUGUUCGAAAAGUCAAGACCCGUUCGUGGUAUUUGUUCCAGCGGCUAGCUAGACAGCUACGCAGCCAAAUUGGCAACGUGGCACAGACUGUCGUGGAGGCAUUGAGCGACUUGUUGGUUAUCCAGGCUGAGGUGCCUUCGGAGGGCGAUGACGGUGAUGAGAUGUCUUCCGAGGACCACGAGGGCUCGGCAGACGCUGUGUUCAACAGCCAACUGUACCUUUUCGAGUCCGUUGGAAUCAUUUCCUCGACCCCGAGUGUCGGUGCAGACAAGCAAGUUCUCUACGCCCAGUCGGUGAUGAACCCUGUCUUCGGCGACAUGGAGCGUAACCUCGAAGCCGCCAAGGCCAACGACGAACGCGCAUUGCUGCAAAUUCACCACGAUAUCAUGGCUCUAGGAACCCUCGCCCGUGCCGGGCACCAGCUCCCCUCUGCUCUCCCGGCGCCAGAGGUCUCGGCGGCUUUCGCUCAGGUGGCUGAAGCGACCCUGGUUGCGCUUGAGUCUCUCAGUUCCUCAUUCAAUAUCCGGACUGCUGCUCGCUUUGCGUUCUCGCGUCUCAUCGGUGUUUUGGGUGCGCAGAUUCUCCCUCAACUGCCCCGAUGGAUUGAUGGGCUCUUGACUCAGACUUCAUCACGAGACGAGAUGGCGCUGUUCCUCCGCCUUUUAGACCAAGUUAUCUUUGGGUUCAAGGGUGAGAUCUACAACAUCCUCGACACGCUCCUGACUCCUUUCUUGCAGCGAGUCUUCUCUGGUAUUGCCGAUCCAACCACCGGCACUGAUGACGAGAUCCAGCUUGCCGAGUUGAAGCGAGAAUACCUGAACUUCUUGCUGGCUGUGCUGAACAACGAUCUGGGAAAUGUCAUCAUUAGUGAGAGAAACCAGUCCAUCUUCGAGACCGUGAUCACCACUAUCGAACACUUCGCCAAAGAUAUUGAAGACUUCACAACCGCCAAGAUGGCGUUCUCCGUGUUGGGCCGUAUGGCAAGCUGCUGGGGUGGACCUGACAUUGCCCCUGCCCCUGCCAAUGGCGCCACACCUGCCCAAGCCGCACUCCCCGGCUUUGGUGGAUUCAUGAUUACCCGGUUCUCGCCACUGUGCUGGGCACUCCCCACAACACCAUCCUUCAACUCCAAAGACGCACAAGCUAAGCAGGUCCUUGCCGAGGCCGGCGCUCUGCAACGCACUAUCUACUCUAAGACAGGCAUGGAGUAUGCGGAAUACUUGCGCAAUCAGGAACUGCCUGGCAUGGGCAUGGGGGCCGAACUCAUCGAAGAGUUCCUGACCGCAAUGGGCCAGCUGGACGUGAAAGGGUUCCGGCAAUUCUUCCCGUCAUUCAUCCAACGAUUGAGCGCAUGA